GAGCGCUGGUAUGAGAGUUUUGGUAUUGGUAUUGGUAUGGUAUGAGAGUUUUCACUUGGUUUGUAUGUUCGCUAUAACGCUAUACUCUGGCUGUAAACUCGCUGCCAGUCUCUCAGUUAGGCAGUGGCACAGGCAGUGAGAGCCAGCAGUGAGAGAGUGAGAGCUUUGUGCCAAACAAACUCCACAAAGACAUACAUCUCGUACUGUAUUUGAGACUUCAUUGUUGUCCAAGAAAUAGACAUUUUCAGCCAUUCAGUGAAUCAGUGAAUCGGUUUCUUCUUCAGCAAAACCAGUGGUUUAUUUGUGACAAAUGUUAAGACAAUUGCAUCGAUUGUAUGCGAAAACGUAAUCAACAUUUGCCUAAAACUCGUAUUAAGUCCAUUGAAAUUGAGACAAUGGUUUUACAACACUCUCCACACUUACAACACUCUCCCAAUCACUUCCAACACAUCCAACACUCAAACGACAACAUCGGAAGACAGAGUGAGAGCCCGAGUAGGAAAAGAAGGCGAACCUCAAUGAAUGCACAGUCAGAGAGUGGUUCGCAGUCGGGUUGGGGCCUGACUUUCAACCCCCAGUUGAUGGACCACACGUCCGACCGAAACCUGAGGAGUCGGAGCCGUAACUCUCAGCCGCCGCCCGUCAACCCUCGCCGACCCGCGAACCCGAUGGCGGCCAACGGCGGACACAACCCGUCUCUGAACGGCGACCGGUAUAGCGCUGCCCGACUCCGAAGCAGUCCAUCGGGUCGUCGCUGCUGUCUGUAUGCGCGCACUUCGCCACCAGUUAUACAAAACAUUCAAAAUCAAAACACAUGUCAGUCAAGCAUUGGUGGCUUUCCAGGUCUCGUGGGUUCGGUGCCGAUAACGCCAACCUAUAUGUUCGAUGACUCCGAAUCUCUGGCCAACAGUCACCGCAACCAAAACCAAACCAAUCACCGAAACGCUCAUCUAAGCCAUCAGAAUAGUCCGCAACCGACUCAGGCCUCAAAUGCGAAUGCAGUUUAUGCACAACUACUGAAUGCCAGUCAUCCCAAUCACCCCAACCAUCCCAACCAUCAAAUUGAUUCUCAUUCCGGAUCUCAUUCAUAUCGGACGCACAUCGCAGCCAACCCUCACAACACACCUCACAAUCCGAAUAUUGCCUCACAAUCAGUCUGUAUGUGUUGUCUCCAUCACUUGCGCUUAGCAUCACCUCAGGUCUCCCCUUCAGGUAAUGGUCAGGCAUUUGCCUCCCUAUUUGGUCCUCCGGGUGCGCGACAAUACAACAUAGCACAGGCGCCUCCUAUACAGAACUUCCCGUUAGGUUUGGCCAAUUCGUAUCGCCGAACCGCCUCUGGAGCUCAACUCAACGAACCGACACUAAUGCCAGACUUGGAGUCGAGCCGUAUUCGCGCCUACAGUCACGCCAAUCACCCGAACCUACCUCUCAACUUAGCCACAUUGGCUGCCGCGGCGUCGCAACAGUACCAACAGCAACAACACCCGCACCACUCGCACCCACAUCUGGGAUCAUCGACUUCGCACAGUUCGCAAUACAUUCAGCCGUCGUCGCCAUUGCAUCACAUCUCCAUUCCAGGUGUGGCCAACUUUAUGCACGUCGACAACGGACAACUCAAUGAGUACCUAUGCAUACAAAGUCCUCGCCUUAUGGCCAGACGUGGUAAUCAUCGGCGCUCUCAGCGCUCGCAUUCAUUCAACGCACCACAACCGGCGCCUCCGCCCGCCUAUCAGAACAUAAUGUCGAUCCCACCGACCGCUUCGCCUCCAGUCUCUAAUCAAAGUUUUCCGACAAUGUUUCACGUGUUGGCCGCCAUGUUCUCGAACCCACAGCACCAGCACUUACAGCCGGGCUCUUUCGGUGUCGCCGACUUUGUCACUAACCCCGAGUCGCCCGAAGCCGAGAACUACGAGGCGUUACUCAGUUUAGCCGAACGUCUGGGCGAAGCGAAGCCCAGAGGUCUGGCCCGCAGUGACAUCGAACAGUUGCCGUCGUAUCGCUACAAACCAGACAACGCUCACGAAUCAGAUCAGACCACUUGUGUUGUCUGCAUGUGUGACUUCGAGGCCAAACAAAACCUUCGAGUUCUUCCCUGCGCUCAUGAAUUCCACGUCCGUUGUGUUGACAAAUGGCUUAAGACCAACAGAACGUGUCCCAUAUGUAGGGGCGACGCCUCUAUUAACGAUCACGAGUCCGAUUGAUCUGAUAUUGAGUGCCAUUUAAUACAAUUUAAUGCAAGUUCUCAUCACAUAAUCACAACUAAAUAAUAAUUGAAACAAAAAACUUAUUUUUAAUGUACAAUAAUUGAUGUAAUAUUUUACUGCAGUUCUGAAUGUUAUUGUAUGGAAAAGUAACACAACUUAAGUAUUUGUAAUAACCGUUUGGACCUCAGUUUCACUUUCAUAGAGUCCUAAUCCCAGUGACAAAUACUUCUUUAAUCAAUUCUUUACUUAUUUCCGUUUAUUUUAAUUUUAUUUUUAUUUAAUAAUUUUAAAAGCUAUCGUUAAAGAGAGUAAAUAUUAUGAAUUAAAAAGUCUUUUAUUAUAGAAACCACUUUUUGGUCUAUAAUGAAGGCAUUCCUUAUAAUAUUGAUUCUCUUGAAUCGUUAGUUUAUAGUUAACGCAAAAUAAUAAGACAUUUAGAGUUAACCCAUCGAUUUGAAUGGAUUUUUACAUGUUUUUUAUUUGUAAAUAUAGACUAUUUUGAACUUAUUUCAGAUCUCAUAACAAGUUUUAUGCCUCAAAACCAAUCGUUAUUUUGCUAUUAUAUUGUUAUUUAUUAAUUGUAUAUUUGACCGAAUGGUCUGAGACUCCAUAGUAAACGAGCAUUUAUUUAAGAAUUGAUUGAUAUUUGAAUCGCUCACCGAAACAACAAAAACAUGAAAACCCCCAUAACCUCCACCCAUAACUCCCUCCCAAACCCCCACAACCUAUGGAUCUGUGACUCAGGCCUUAAUCGGUAUAAGAAAAUUGAGUUAACAUUUGAUGAUUUACUUUCGAUGACACGAUUAUGAAACACAUGAGUAAUGUGAAGGCGUUUUUGCCCAUUAUUUGCCUCUAUUUCUCUGCCUAUCUCUCCAAAUGUCCUCCUUUUAAUUGCUCUCAACAAUACUGUGUCUGUUAUGCAAUACCUUUUCAUUUAGUGCUCAAUUCACUGAAUUUCACUCUAUUUAAUACUUGUUUUCUAUAAAACAAAGUUAUCAUUAUUUAUCAACAAUUGGUUGUAAUUUAGGCGAUAAUAGAGUUAAGACAAUCAAAAUUGGGGUUUUAUUUCAAAUGAAUUACAGUAUUGUUUAGUAAAUUAAAUAAUUAGAAAAAAAUUUGAAAAUCAAUGGCAAAUAA